UAGGGGCGGAGACUGCCUAAUUAGGGAACUGAAAAUAAAAGUAAAAGCUCCCUUCUGAAAAAUGAGGAAGAGGAGAAACGGCCAAACCAUUGAAGAAAUUCUCUAUUACAAUUUUAUUGACCAAAGACUCUCCAGCUUUUCCCUCAGAUUUGUUCAAGUGAAAUAUUGAAUUAGCUAUUCCCCUAAUCUAAUUAAAAUGUUGUUUACAAUAUUGGAUUCCUCUUUACCCAUCCUCCUGACGCUCUUACAUGUUCUGAGUUGCAACGAGAGCAAAAAUGUGGUCAGUGGAGAAAGAAAUGCAAUCCCAGAUUUCCCUUUAGCAACGAACGGCUAGACAUUUCCCUGGAACAAAUUGAGACUGCCCAGUUGGGUUCUUCCGAUCCACUAUGACCUCUCCAUUCACCCAAAUCUAACAACAUUAGUGUUCACGGGGACAGUGAAAAUUACCAUCUCCGUCAUUCACAAAACCAGUUCCGUAGUGCUCCAUAGCAAACAUCUGGAAAUCACCAAGGCCACUGUUGGGGAAGAUAAUGGAAAACCACAAAUGGACUUAAAAGUGUGGGAAUAUCCACUUCAUGAACAAGUUGCCUUAGUGUCUGCCACACCGUUGUUGGCCAAUAAGGAGUACUUCCUUUCUGUUGACUACAAAGCCAAUAUUUCAGAUGGUUUUUAUGGAUUUUAUAGAAGUACUUACCGAGCUAAGAAUGGAGAAACAAGAUUACUGGCUUCUACUCAUUUUGAACCAACCUCAGCUCGGAUGGCGUUCCCCUGCUUCGAUGAACCGUCUUUUAAGGCCAAUUACACAAUCAGGAUCAGGAGGGAAGCCCACCACAUCGCUCUGUCCAAUAUGCCAAAGGUAAGGACUGUGGCCAUAGGUAAUCACCUCCUGGAAGAUCACUUUGCCGAGACAGUAAAAAUGAGCACGUAUUUGGUAGCCUUUAUCGUGUGUGACUUCCAGUCUAUCAGUAGCGCAACUACAUCUGGAAUUAAGGUGUCGGUGUACACGGCUCCGGACAAACUGAAUCAAGCAAACUACGCCUUGGAAGUUGCCGUCAAUAUGCUGGAGUUCUACGAGCAGUAUUUCAACAUCAGCUAUCCUCUGCCCAAACAGGACCUCGUGGCCAUACCGGAUUUUCAGUCAGGAGCCAUGGAAAACUGGGGCCUGACUACAUACCGAGAGACGUCUUUGCUCUACGAUCCAGAGACAUCUUCAGCGUCCGACAAGCUCUGGGUUACCAUGGUGAUAGGACACGAGCUAGCCCAUCAGUGGUUUGGCAAUCUGGUGACCAUGGAGUGGUGGGAUGACGUUUGGCUGAAUGAAGGCUUUGCCAGAUACAUGGAAUUCCUCUCCGUCGAUGCCAAAUACCCCGAAUUGCAUGUGAACGAUUACUUGUUAGGUACCUGCUUUGCUGCGAUGGGGAGGGAUUCGCUCGACUCUUCCCGCCCCAUAUCCUCUAGAGCGGAAAACCCCACCCAGAUAAAAGAAAUGUUCGACACCGUCUCCUAUGAGAAGGGCGCCUGCAUCCUUCACAUGCUCAGGAACUUCCUGACUGAUGAAGUCUUCCAGAAUGGGAUCAUCUAUUACCUGAAGAAAUUCAGUUUUAGGAAUGCUAAGAAUGCAGAUCUUUGGAACAGCCUGGCCAAUACUUGCACAGAGAAGGAUUUUUCAUCCAGCAGUUUCUGCUACAGUGAAGGUCGAAGAUCAAAGAGUAUCUAUAGCUAUCCCGCCGCACAUCUGGACCUGGCAGAGAUCAUGAACACCUGGACACUUCAGAAGGGAAUUCCGCUCAUCAUCGUCAAUCAGACCGGGAGACAACUCAGCAUCAGGCAGGAGCGCUUCCUGAAGACCGUUCUGCCAGAAGAGCCUCUCUGGGCCUCCAUGCAGGCAGGCUUCCAAUGGCAAGUUCCCUUAACCUACAUCACGAGCAGCUCCAGAAAGGUUGGAAAAUUCUUACUGAAGACUCAGUCAGAUGCAAUAGAACUCGACAGCAAAGCCAGCUGGGUGAAAUUCAACGUGGACAUGAACGGCUACUACAUCGUUCACUACGAGGGCGCUGGGUGGGACAGCCUGACUCAGUUGCUCAGUGACAACCCCUCGAGACUCAGCGACAAAGACCGAGCCAGCCUCAUUCACAAUGCCUUUCAGCUGGUCAGCGCAGGGAAACUGUCGCUCCACAAAGCUCUGGACCUGACGCUCUACCUCCGGCACGAAACAAGCAACCUUGCGCUUCGCAAAGGCCUGGGCUACUGGGAACUGUUCUACCACAUGAUGGACCAGAGGAAUAUUUCAGACGUCACCGAGAGCCUCAAGCGCUACAUUCUACAGGAGUUCAAGCCGGUGAUGGACAAGCAGAGCUGGAGCGAUGAGGGCUCGGUUUCCGAGCGGUUGCUGCGGGCUGGCCUCCUGGGGCUAGCGUGUGAGCUGCAGGACCCUCUCUGCAUCCAGAAGGCUAGCGCGCUCUUCCGCCUCUGGAUGUCAUCCACCGCAGAGAGGUCCAGCAUCCCUACUGAUGUCAUGGAGACAGUCUAUUCUGUCGGGGCCAAGACGGCAGAGGGCUGGAACUUCCUCUUGGAGAGGUACACAGAGUCCAUGUCUGGGGCCCAGCAGGGCAAGAUCCGCUCAGCUUUGGCAAGUAGCCGAGAUGGCACCAAACUGGCCAGGUUGUUGGAACUCGGGCUGGAAGGGAAAGUGAUCAAGACACAGGAUCUCCCAUCAGUCGUCUACGGCAUCAGCCAAAAUCCAACUGGACAACGUCUGGCCUGGAGUUUUGUGACCCGAAAUUGGAGCAAACUGCUAGAAAAGUUCCCACUGGGCUCCUCCGCCUUUAGGAGUAUUUUAGUUGGAGCAACCUCGACGUUUUCUUCCCAUGAAGAAUUAAAAGAGGUGAAGCAGUUUUUUGAGGUGAUGAAGGAACAAGCAUCCCAGCUCCUGGCCACCAGGACCGUCCUGGAGAACAUUAAGAAGAACAUAAAGUGGCUGGAGAGAAAUCUGGACCCGCUAAAGCAAUGGCUGGCAAGAAGGCUACCAUAGGCCCUCCCACCGUGGUCCUUAGCCAAACAGUGGACUUCACUGAAUUCUUUCAGGAUCCCUACUGGGUGCAUUAGCUCCUGUGCUUUUUGAUGUUCUUUUCCCUAUGGUCCUUGUUAAGAACUUAAUAAUAGGUAAUGAAAAUGGUAUUUAUUAUGUGCUUAGUG